ACUAGCUGCCUGGCGCAUGGCUGUGUGGGGCUUAGGGUGCCGCCUGGGCCUGCUCGGGGGUGUCGGCGCCGGUAGGCUAUUAUGUCCCCGUUUCCAGAGCCACCGCCCCCAGGGCGUGAAAGACGGGGACGGGCCGCAGUCUUCCUCGAAGACACCCAAGAUCCCCAAGAUAUACACCAAAACAGGAGACAAAGGGUUUUCUAGCACCUUCACUGGAGAAAGGAGAUUGAAAGAUGACCAAGUGUUUGAAGCCAUGGGAACAACGGAUGAAUUAAGUUCAGCUAUUGGGUUUGCUUUGGAAUUCAUCACUGAGAAAGGCCACCCGUUUGCUGAAGAGCUUCAGAAAAUCCAGUGCUUGCUGCAGGAUGUUGGCUCUGCUCUGGCCACGCCACGCUCCUCAGCCAGGGAGGCUCACUUAAGACACGCCACAUUCGAGGCAGGGUGCAUCCUGGAGCUGGAGCAGUGGAUCGACAAGUACUCCAGCCAGCUGCCCCCACUCACAGCCUUCAUCCUGCCGUCGGGAGGCAAGAGCAGCUCUGUGCUGCACUUCUGCCGGGCUGUGUGCCGCCGAGCAGAGAGACGUGUGGUGCCCCUUGUCCAGAUGGGUGAGACGGACGCUAACGUGGCCAAGUUCUUAAACAGACUCAGCGACUAUCUCUUCACGUUAGCCAGAUAUGCGGCCAUGAAAGAGGGGAAUCGGGAAAAAAUAUACAAGAAAAAUGACCCGUCGGACCAAGCCUGAGGCAUGUGGAAAUAAUGCAAAGUGGGGAGAUCUGCAGACCUCUCUCGCUGGUGAAGGUGUGUCCUUCCCGUCCCAAUUCCUGAAGAUCCUGGCCGGGAUGGGGCUGCAUGAGCCUCCUGCCUGCUCCCCUGGCCUUUCCCGCGUCACAGAGGACGUGGGAGUGAAUGAAUGGAGUAUUGCCGAAAGUCAGGUCAAGUGACUGCUGCAAGGAAGAGCCACGUAGAAAAAAAUAAAAGUGGGACAAGCUGGA